GUUUUCACGACGUGUGCAAGUAACGGAGCGGUGUCAGAACGAAUUCCCGGCCUCGACUUUCUUAUCGUCAUUUUGCUCGGAUUUGUACCAGAACCUGAGCUCGUCUCUGCGUGAAUUCUGCUACUACUCGAAGCACAUCAACACGUUGAGUUUGUGAUUCGCGAGGAUCAGACCCAUAAAAGGCGGCUAGCAGAUUCCCCGCUCUGCCAACAGCUACCAUGUCGCAGUGGUCGCAGAUGGUCAAGAGAUUCACCUCGACUUACACCUCCAAGUCCACCCCUUCUAAAGCUCACCUUCAUGCACCCAUUCCAGACGCGACAUUUCCCAAGGGCUACCUUCUGAACGGCAUACAUGCUGGUAUCAAAAAGAAACCCGAACUGCUUGACCUGGGAGUCAUUCUGUCCCAGCGACCUGCCUCGGCCGCGGCGUGCUUCACCCGAAACGCUUUUCAGGCCGCUCCAGUCAUUGUCUCGCAGCAGAUCCUACAGGACGGUGGCGGACGUGCGAGAGGCAUCGUCGUCAACAGUGGCUGUGCGAACGCGGUGACGGGCACGCAGGGUAUGCAGGAUGCUUGGGCGAUGGUUCGUGCUACCGACGCGCUCCUCGAAGAGCCCCCGAGUGGCGGCUUGAGCGAAACCCUUGUCAUGUCCACCGGUGUCAUCGGCCAGACGUUGCCCAUCGACAAGAUCCUGGCUGGCAUCAAGUCACUCCCUCUGGCGCGUCUGGGCUCCAACUUCGCCGCUUGGGAGCGGGCCGCACGCGCAUUCAUGACAACGGACACGUUUCCCAAGCUUCGUGCGCGGACCUUCACGAUCCGUGGCAAGGAAUAUCGUCUGGCAGGUAUGGACAAGGGCGCUGGCAUGAUCCACCCAGAUAUGGGUCCGCCUGCACCUGCCGGACAGCUGCAUGCCACCCUCCUCAGCUGUAUUCUCACCGACGCUUCCGUCUCCCCUCGCAGUCUCCAAUCGGCUCUCACGUAUGCCGUCGAUCGAAGCUUUAACUCCAUCUCUGUCGACGGUGACAUGUCUACCAACGACACGAUCGUCGUGCUUGCCAAUGGCGCAGCGGCUGAAGGCGAACCUGAGAUUGACGAGACCACGGACAAAGAGGCUUUCGACAUCUUCAGGGAGGAAUUGACCUCGUUCGCCGCUGAUCUUGCCCAACUUGUUGUUCGCGAUGGUGAAGGCGCGACCAAGUUCGUUACAGUGUCUGUUGAGGGCGCGAAGACCUAUGCCGAUGCGCACAAAAUUGCCUCGCGCAUCUCAACGUCCGCACUUGUCAAGACCGCCCUCUUUGGCGAAGACGCGAACUGGGGUCGUAUUCUCGCUGCGACAGGUUCCGUCCCGCUGUCUGCGCCACUCGACCCGAAGCGUGUUAGUGUGUCGUUCAUUCCGGCCGAUGGCACAGCGCCGCUUGCUUUAUUGGUGAACGGUGAGCCUGAGAAGGUCGACGAGGCGCGCGCGUCCGAAAUCAUCGGACGAGAUGAUCUCGAGAUCCGUGUUGAGCUCGGCCUCGGAAAUGAAAACGCAAAAUACUGGACGUGCGACUUCAGCUACGAAUACGUCAAAAUCAAUGGAGACUACAGGACGUGAUUCUCAAAAGUUGUGCUAGUGGGUUUUCGACUUUUUGAGCUAGAGUUGUUUUGUGCCGCUGCAUCGAAUAUAGAACCCGCUGCCUCUAUC